AUCCUCACGCCUCUGUUGGAACGUGCCCUGAUUGACAACCAGGUGAAUUUCGUUAGUCUCCUGUUGAGGCACGGUGUCGAGAUGCGGCCGUUCCUGACGCAAAAGCGGUUGCAUAAUCUCUACAAUGUGAUUCCAGACAAAAAGACACUCAGCAACCUUUUUCUUUGCUUCGAGGUCAAUCUGGUAUCCAAGAAACCGGGAAAGACCUCUUCUAGCCACGAGAAUCGACCCAGCCAUGCUCUUUUGACAUCGCUCAUGUCGCAGGUCGCCACUACUGCGGGUCAGGAUGGAGGACCAGCUUUCCAGAUGUUUUCGCUCGACAAUUCGCAGGGAGGCUCGGCCAUCUCAAAACCGCAGUCGGCGUGCACUGAAAAGAUGAGUAAUUCAGACAACACAAUCCACUUAUGCCACAUUCGGAUUCUGCUCGAGAAGGUCGUCGGUCGAUGCACUCAUCAAAUGUAUGAUAAAGAUAGACCGGUAGGUGCCUUUGUCCAGGAUCCUUAG